AUGUUUAACAAAAAACUUGAAGAUUUUAUAUCAUACGAAAAAAUUAUUCCAAUACUAGGAGAACAAUCCUGUGAAGGAGCAUUUAGUAUUAUCGAACCUGCGGAAUAUAAUAGAAUCAAGGUUGCAGUCAAAAAACCACGAAAAAUAAAUAAUAAAAGAAAAGAAAUAUCAAUUGAUGAAAUUCGGAAGCAUGAUUAUUUUUACUGUAAAAAUGUUAUCAAUUUUCGCGGAAUAACAAGGUCACCAAAUGAAAUAGAUUGUUUGGUAAUGGAUUAUGCAGAAAACGGAAAUUUGCAUAAAUAUCUUUCAGAACAUCCACUUGAGUUGGAUGUAAAGUUAAAGAUGUCUAUUAAUAUUGCAGAAGGAUUGUUCGAAUGCCAUCGCCAUAAAAUUAUGAAUUUGAAUAUAAAUUCGGAAAAUAUUUUAGUGGAUAAAAACUUAGAAUUAAAGAUUGGAGGCUUUGGUUACAAUAUAAACAGAGAUUUUGAUAAUGAAGAUUUUGUGCGAUGGGCUGCUCCAGAAAAAUUUUCCGAAGAUUCACAAUGUAAAGAGAAUCCAAUACAUUCAGAUAUUUAUAGUUAUGGAUUGGUUGUAUGGGAAAUUGCAACGAAUGGCAAAGAAAAAAAUGACGAAAUCAAAAGCACUAAGACUUCUGGGAAUAAUGAUUAUUUGAUUUAUGAACUUGAACAAAUAGAUACUCCAAACCGCUUAAUAAAAAUAAUAAAAGACUGCUGUAAUUCAAAUCCUUCUAUGAGAUCAACUUUAGCAAAAGUUAUACUUGAUUUAAAAAGUUUGUCGCCUCCCAGAGAAGAUUGGAGACUAUUCCUGCCCCGAACUAAUGAUGACGCGAAACUGCCAGAAUAUACAAGUAUACAAAAUUGUUCCGACAAGGACUUAACUUGGGAAGAAAUCUUUACGUCGCCAGGAAAAUUAAACAUAGAAUUUCUCGAAAGAGGUCUACGACUUAUGAUUUUAAAGAUUGAAGAACAUGACUCUGAAUUCUUCACCAAUUAUUUGAAGAAUGACCUCAGCAAAGAUGAUAACGGUCUUUGGCUCUUAUUUUUUGAAUCCGAAAAAUGUGAUCUAGAAAUUGACAGAAUAUAUUAUGAUAAAAAUUGUGGUUUUAUUCAAUUCAAAGAAGAUGAUGAAAAAUAUUCCAAAUUAAUGUUUGAUUAUUUUGGUUUAGAUUACAAGAAAAUUGUUAAUGAAUCAGAACGAUCUAUUAUCAAUUUCCGAAUUAUUUAUGAAGCAGGAAUUAUAGAUAAAGAGAAUUCUGUUCAAAUAAUGGAUCCUGAUGAAUACAAAUUCGAAAAACAAAAAAUUGAAUUACGUAAAAAGGAGUUCAAAGAUAAAGCAAAGAAUAUUAGCACAAUGUACUCAGCUAUUGAAAAUCAUAUUGACGAAGCACAAUAUCAUCAAAAAAUCGAAGGUAUUAACCUUGAAAUGCUAAAAGAAAAGAAAUAUUUUAACCAUGAAGAAUGGAAUAAAAGACUUAUAUGGCUAAGCGAUCGAGCUAAUUAUGCUUUAUUUCGAUUUAAACUGAAGAAAAGCAAUUUAGCUUUAUUAAAUAAAUAUUUCUUCAAAGAUAAGUAUAUUUUGAAUCAUCCACAAUUGAAUGAUGAAACUGAGCUGAUUUUAUAUGAUAAACGUUUUCAGUUUUAUGUCUCAUCUGAAUCUCUGCCAGCAUUCAAACAAAUACCAGAUGAUUUAAAUGUUAUAAUUAGUAUAGUUGAUGACUAUGAUAAAACUUUUCAUCAGCAUUAUUCUAAAUAUAAAGAAAUUCAAUUGAAGGAAUACGUUUAUGAUAAUAUAAAGCAAGUGCAGCAACUAUCAGUUAACUACAUUGUGGCAAAUAACCAACAAGAAAAGGAUAUGCAUGAAAGGAAAAAAUAUAGGGAGAACUCCAAGCCUAGGAAAGAAAUCGUCUGUUAUCGGUGUGGUAAAAAGGGGCAUAUUGCUCGAUAUUAUAACGUUAGAAGAGUAAACUACUGUGACUAUAAAUAUGAAGAGGACAAAGUAUAUGUUGUGGAUAAAAGGAAGCAGCAAGCACAACCCGAUACUGCCAAAAAAAGAUCUAGGUUACAGCCAGAAUCAAAGU